CGUGUAAUGCUAAGAUUCUUUCAUUAAAAUUUUUUUUUUAAAAAAAUAGGAUAAGAUGGACGAUCUAAAAUAUGCUUUGAGCGUCAAGCUUAUUGGAGUGAUGCACAAAGAGUCGGUAAAGUUGUACAUGACGUCAGUGCUGUGGUCGGACCAGAACGAGAUAGUCGUUUACCGGUCCUUUCAAGAUUUUAGAGACCUACAUAAAGAACUGAAGAAAAGAUUUCCUCCAACAAACCCUCUUAAGAAAUCGGACAGAGUUGUUCCGAAAUUUAAAGUGAAGAAAGUCAAGAGAAACGUUCGCAAAAAAGGUCCAAGUAAAUCGGUGCUGAAACUGAAGUCGCUGGAGCGGUACUGCAACGACUUGAUGAGCUGCGACCCACGUGUCGCUCAGAGUACGGAAUUACGGCAGUUCUUUCUUCCCAAUGAGCAGGACCUUACCCCAGAAUUCGCUAAGAACAGCAUUGUAAUAAUGCCAUCCGAGGACAAUCUGGAUGGCAGCGGCGGUGGGGGCAGAGGCGGCAACGUAACCCAGCCAUUCGUCACUGAAACAUAUCGAUGUGUGGCCCCUUAUGAGACCAAGGAUACCAAAAACAGGCCCUUUAAGGUGGAGGUGGAUGAGACAGUGGACGUUUUAAUAAAAGACAAAGCUGGUUGGUGGAUGGUCGAAAAUGCCGCAAAAUGCAUGGCAUGGUUUCCUGCCCCAUACCUGAAGAAAGUGGAUACAGAUUUUGAAGAUGACCUUGACGAUAAUGAUGGAGGUGUUCUAUACUGUUCCUCUCGUGCUUUCAAGGCCAAGUCUUCAGAUGAACUCUCUGUGAGCAUGGGCAAUGUGGUGGAGGUGCUCCAGAAGUCAGAAAACGGAUGGUGGCUUGUCAGACACAACCGCAAGACGGGUUAUAUCCCAUCCAUGUACCUCCAGCCCUACAUUAACCCACGUGUUGAGCUAGUGACCUCCCAGAACAAUCUCCGGGGCUCAUCGCUGAACCUGGACACCCUGCAGGCCCCCCACAGCCAAGAGCUCAGCCGUUCCCAGGGCAACCUGCUCCAGCUGCCGGGAUUAGGCUCCCAGACUCCGGCCCAGGGCCUUAACCCACAGGACAGGUACAAGUCCCGCUCGCUGAACCUCCUGACGUCCGAGUCGGACAUCUACCAGACACCCAGAAGCUUGGCUGCCCCAAGCAUCAGGGUGGACGCAGAGCCCACAGGUCACACCACCGGGCUGCCCCAGAGCAUCAGCGUGGACAGCGUGGACAGCAUGAUCGACAGCAGCGACAGCAGCGAGUUCAGCUUCAGCGACGAUGGCAGCAGCAUGUCCGGCACGGACUCGCUCAACCAGAGCCGCAGUGACUUGGAGGAUGAGCUGCGCCGCAGCCGCACGCCUCCGCCCCCGAGCACGCGGGGACUACUCAGCCCCGACAGCGGCCUGGGCGGACGCCUCCAGCCCAGCCGCUCCGACCCCAACCUCCAUAAGAUCAUGCCCAAGGUGCCGCCCAGGCCCCAGGCACAGGACAUCCUCAAGCGCUGCACCACAGUCACCCGCAAGAACGCAGCACGGAACCAGCUAGCGCCCAGCAUCCACACUCGCUGAAGAGGCCGAUGGGGGUCAAUGGUCAUCUCACAGCCCUGCAGGACGCUUGUUGUGGCACAAGAACAACAUUGAGUCUCACAUGCUCCAUUUGGAGGACAUUUUUGUAAUAUGGAUCUUCUGACUGAAGACAUUGGCCAUGGGAAGCAUAUGCCCCUCAAUGGGGAAGAAGGCAAGAAAAAAAAAAAAAUCUUCAGUCGUUACUUAAUCCUACCAGUAGAAAAGGACUGAUUGUAUGGCCUUCCAUUACAAGUAUUUAUUUUUUUUGCUCCUUUUUAAAAAUGCAAAGUGUCUGAUUAUCUGAUUGAAUCUUGCAUAAUUUGUCGUUUCCCUCUGUUUAAUUUCCAUACUGGAAACCAUAUAUAUGCUUUCUAUGCGUUGCUCUGUAGAUGGAAGUUUUAAAUAAAAAUGAUAAUGUUUCCAAAA